UGGACUGCAUGCCACGUGGCCCAAUAAAAGUACGAGAAUGAUUCAGCUUUGGCAAAGUCAGCAGAAUUAUCAUUUCACAGAGCACAGAGCCAAAUAAUCUGAAAUGGCAGCCUCAAGGUUACCGUUACACCUAGUGGCACUUGCAUCAUCUCCAUCUCCAUCACACUCAACUUUCUGCAUCAAAAUUAACAAUGGCGCCAAAUUUCCGUACAAACAGCAAUCCGACACAGGUGAAUCUAAUUUACCAAACACAAUUACCCACAGGGGCAGAUCCUGGAAAGAUUCUUUAACUGUCAAGAAAUCCCACUUAAACAACUCACCAAUUGUUGUUUCUCCGAGUGACCAAUGGGGUAUCUGGACUGCCCUUCUCGCCGCCGCCACUUUCGGGCUCUGGUCAGAGAAGACGAAGAUUGGGAGCAUGGUUAGUGCUGCAUUAGUGAGUAUUUUAGUUGGGCUUGCAGCCAGUAAUUUGGGGAUUAUCCCGCACGAUGCGCCUGCUUAUUCGGUGGUGUUUCGAUACUUGCUGCCGUUGACAAUACCGUUGCUACUCUUUAGAGCUGAUUUGCGGCAAGUUAUACGGACUACAGGGACUUUGUUCUUCGCUUUCUUGCUUGGAUCAGUGGCAACAGUUGUCGGAACAACAGUGGCGUUCCUUAUGGUUCCCAUGAGAUCCCUUGGUCCCGAUAACUGGAAAAUAGCUUCCGCUUUGAUGGGUAGUUAUAUCGGUGGAGCAAUAAAUUACGUUGCGAUAUCUGAGGCACUCGGUGUUUCUCCAUCGGUUAUUGCUGCCGGUGUAGCAGCAGACAACGUUAUUUGUGCUCUGUAUUUUCUUCUGUUGUUCACGUUGGCCUCCAAAAUACCUCCCGAGUCUGCAACAGUGACUGACGUCUGUGCAGCUGAUUCUUCAUGUCCGGAGUCGAGCAAGAGCAAACUUUCAGUGCUCCAAAUGGCAACAGCAAUUGCCGUUUCCUUUUCUAUUUGCAAAACUGCGAAUUCUAUCACUAAAACAUUCGGAAUUCAAGGAGGAGAACUUCCUGCAGUGACUGCUAUUAUUGUCAUGUUAGCAACUUUUUUUCCGAGUUUCUUUCGCCACCUGGCACCUGCUGGUGAUCUUUUCGCUCUAGUACUAAUGCAGGUAUUUUUUGCUGUUCUUGGAGCGAGUGGGAGCUUGUGGAACGUAAUAAACACAGCUCCCAGUAUAUUCUUGUUCGCCUUUAUUCAAGUCACUGUCCAUCUUGUAGUAAUACUCGGGCUCGGAAAAUUAUUUCGGAUUGAUCGAAAACUAUUGUUAUUGGCAUCAAAUGCUAAUAUUGGAGGUCCCACAACGGCAUGUGGAAUGGCCACAGCAAAAGGGUGGGGCCCGUUAGUUGUACCUGGAAUUCUCGUUGGAAUAUUUGGUAUAUCGAUUGCUACAUUUCUCGGUAUCGGUUUUGGUAUGCUAGUCCUCAGACACAUUUGAUCAUCCGUAAAAACUUCUUUGUUUUCAAUUUAUUUCAUUUGAGUACGUAGCCUUGUACAUUAUGAUUUGACAAUUCUCGACAAUUACAAAACCCUGUUUCGUUUAA